AUGUCGAGCCCUAUAACUUCACUCAUCAUUCUCAUCCUGUCAAGUAUCAUUACACCGGCUCUUACUCACGACAACUGCCAUGACGCUACCACGAUGAGCGAUGGCAGCUCACAUACAGAGGCGUUACCUCCAAGUUAUUUCAACCUGGCAGACCACGCUGCAGCCAUGUAUGCGCAUAUCACGCUCAUGGUCAUAGCAUGGGUGCUUGUGCUUCCUCUUGCUGUAAUGCUAUCUCUGGCCCGUUCGAGAUAUACGCUUGCAUUGCAAUCCGUAUUCCUGGCCUUCAAUGCGCUGGGCGUUCUUGUUGGCGCCGUCUAUAAUGCUGUGACACCGGACUUGUACCCCAACAACGCCCAUCACAAGGCUGGCUGGGCUUUCACCUGGAUUGCUCUGGCGCAGGCUUGUAUCGGGCUUUUUGGCCGCACAACGCGGCAGUUCAGGGUUCGCCUACUCGCUCGCGAAGCAAGAUCCGAUAAAGCACAUCAGGCCGUGACUUCUGCGUUUUUUGAGCCCGUGGGGGACAACUGCCAGCAUGAUGGGCCCCAAUGUUCACGAGGUUGCCGUCUAUCACACGACAGGGACCAAGGCACGGAGCCCAAUACUGGCUCACUGAGUGGCGGAUCUGACGCUGGUAUGUUGGCUCCGGUAUCACUGCCUUUGACAAACCAAGAAUGUGAGGACGAAGGUCAAGGGGACCUUGACUCUGCAGAUCAACACCCGGUACGAUUCUCAUGGAACGCAAGUCGGAACUCCCCACGCUGGUUUCGGUUAAUAUUGAAUUCGCUGUUAUCACAGGCCUGGAAAUCCUGUUUGGUAAUCUAUGAUGUUCUGGAUAGAAUAAUCUUAAUCCUGGGGUUCAUCGGAUUGACUUCCGGUGCAGCGGUCCACGGGCGUCUAUUUGAAGGUCGAGCAAUAUAUGGUGGCAUGGCUCACUGGGUCAAGGGCGGUAUAUUCUUCUGGUUCGGGAUCUUCACCUUGGGACGUUGGUCCGGCAGUUUUGGCAAGCUCGGCUGGGCAUGGAAUGCCCGCACUAGAGAAACACAAGACAAGUGGUAUCCCUCUGCUGAACUCGUGGAGAGCGCCCUGAUAUUCUCCUAUGGAGCGACAAAUAUCUUUCUAGAGCACCUUAGCAGCACGGACAAGACUUGGACACCCCGAGACCUAGAGCAUGUGUCCAUCACGAAUCUGUUCAUUGGUGGAGGCCUUCUCGGUAUGCUUGUCGAAUCAACUCGUGCAAGAGAUCUCUUGAAUACAACAGGAACGGGGGUUGCUUUUCCUGCCCACGAGACAACACGGAUGGACGGAGAACGAACAGAGAAAGAGAAGGCUGCCGAGCCGCCGAAGCAUUAUGACUUUUCGAUUAAUCCCGUCCCUGCCCUUGUCAUUUUGUUACUGGGCACGACGAUGAGCUCGCAUCACCAGAGCACCAUGGACUCAACCAUGAUGCACAAGCAAUGGGGCAAUCUUCUUGCCGGGGCCUCCUUAGCCCGUGGCUUUACUUACGUCUUGGUGUAUCUCAAACCGCCGCGAUCGAUCCUGCCAUCGAGGCCACCGACGGAGCUUGUGACUUCAUUCUGUCUCAUUACCGGAGGUAUCAUCUUCAUGGCGAGCAGCACUGACACUGUCAAGAGGCUGCGUCACUAUAAUUUGGAUGCCAUGUUUGUAUAUACUGUCGUAACCGGCAUUGUCGGCUUGUUGAUGGCGUGGGUUAUCAUCGUGCUUGCUGUAAAGGGUGCUGCUGUUCGCCAGCAGAGGAGGGCCCGAAGCUCUGCAUGGACGUCUAACGAGCGACAGUAUAUAUGA